AUGAUGUUCAAAUUUACUCUGAUAUUAGUGUCGAAUGUGUUUCCGGCAACUCUAACAACAUUGCUCAAUGGAAAUACGGCACCGCUAGUGAUAAUGUUGUCUACCACCAAGUCUUCCGCCAAACCCAAGAGGCCUGAACAGAAAUUCCAGACCAGACUGAAUUCGGAAACUGGUACUGGGCCACCACUUCGCAAAAUGGUUAUACCUACCAGAAUGGUCAAGACUCAGUCGUUCGCUCUCGGUUCAUCAACAGUGGGUCUCUUGAAAACACACAGGACACCAACUACCGCGCCAUCAGCAAUGCCUGGCCCGUGUUUUCUCAUGGUUUUGAUCUCGGCAGCGUGGGCGCUAGUUCAGUCGCGUGUCUUCUCCAUUGGCUUGUGCCAGGACGAGCCUAUACAGUAUAUUGCCUCAUCUGGUAUCGUUCCUCAGACUUCUCUGUACCUCGACUACUUUGACACUCAGCUUGACGCCUUGAGCUUCUUCCAAACCGACUUUGCCACCGCUCAUGAGCUAUUAACUGCAUUGAAUGCUCAGCUUCAGGAGGACUCCGUCAAUGCCAACGGCCAAAAUUACGCUGUCUUGACCACACUUGGUUUACGACAUGCUUUUGGCGGUAUCCAGUGGACUGGUACAGAGGAUGCGCCACUUGUCUGGUUGAAAGAAAUGUCUUUUGAUGACAACAUGAACACGGUCGAUGUCAUCUUCCCUGCUCACCCGGCUUGCAUUUACACCAAUGCCACUAUAUUGAAGUUCUAUUCUAUGCACGACAUUGGCUCUCACUACCCCAAUGCAACUGGUUACCGUGCUGGCAACGACGAGGCUAUGCCUCUCGAGGAGUGCGGAAAUAUGAUCAUCAUGACAUCGAUGUACUAUACAGUCUCUAAGGAUACGGCCUACCUCAAACAACACUACAGGUUGUUAUCUCAGUGGGCCAAAUACCUCGUCACCGACUCUCUGAUUCCCGCAAACCAGGCUUCCACCGACGAUUUCGAGAGGCCCCUAUCAAACCAGGCUAACCUUGCCAUCAAGGGCAUUGUUUGGAUCCAGGCCAUGUCUGUUAUUGCCAACUUGGCCGGAAACACUGUUGAUGCUACAAACUAUAGCAGCAUUGCUUCCAACUAUGUUACUGACACUUGGAGUCUUCUUUACAACGCUUACGCAGACAAAGCUCUGAACCCCGGGAUCAUCCCUCAAUCAAUCUACAAUCAACAAAGCAAAUUCUACCCCUCUGUUCUCGAGACCUUCAGUAUCCCAGUCGACACUCGCCACCAAUGGUCCAAGUCAGACUGGCAAGUUUGGACCGCUGCCACUGCGAGCGACUCUACUCGUCAAGAUAUGAUUGAUGCCGUUGCCACCUGGGCUGCUGCUACUUCUGAAUGGUUGUCCUUCAGUGACUUGUACGAGACUCAAACUGGAGCAUAUGUUUACCAAUUUGCCGACCGACCUGUUCAAGGUGGUUUGUUGGCCGUUCUUGUGGCAGAUAUGGGUCUUACUGUUUAA